AACUGUUGUCAAAACAAACACGCUGUCAGAUUUCGCUAGAAUUCAUUGCAUUCACUUUCUUGUUUCUACUGGUGAAAUUUCGUUAUUUGGUUGAAAUUGUGAAUUUAGACUAUCUGCAAAAAGCACAAUCAUGUCCGAGAGCAGCUCUAAGGAUACUGUGUUAAAGACGGCUAUGACCUAUAUCUGUGGCGAGUGCCAUCAUGAGAACGAGAUGCGCCCGCGUGAUCCUAUACGUUGCCGAGAAUGUGGUUAUCGUAUCAUGUACAAGAAGCGUACCAAGCGCUUGGUUGUGUUCGAUGCGCGCUAACUCCCGAACCGUUCAGUGACGUUUUCAAAUAUUAGACUUAAGUGAACUUCUUUCGUAGAAAUAAAUAAAAAUAAAACCCAUAGCAUAAUGAAA